GUGAGGUUAUGUUACCUACUUACAUAGUUCACCUAGAUUUUAAUUUAAUGAAACUAUCCUACUUUAGUGUAAUUUCUACAUAAGUAAACCUUUAGCUAAUAAGAUACACAUUCUUUCGUAAUGCCUUCUUUUUCAAGACUACAAAAAAUAGCUAUUAUUAGCUUGGGCGCCGUUGGAGGCGGCCUGGCGUAUUAUCAGUUAAAUAGUAAACAGGAGAGGAAAUACGGCGUGCAUAAUUCUUGGACUACAAAUUAUUCUCCAAGUGUGAAAUGGGAUUCUAACUGGGAUCACCGGGACCCAAAAGCUAUUGUCAAGCCUCCAAAGGCAGGCAAACCAGAAGACGACAACAGAUAUAAUGAGGAACUGGAGAAGGCGAAGAGCAAAGCAGUGCGGCACAUAUUUAUGAUCAGGCACGGCCAGUACUUUGUUGACGGAGCUACUGAUAAGGAGAGAGUGCUUACAGAAUUAGGCAGGAAACAAGCAGACUUAACGGGGCAACGGUUAGCAUGCCUAGACAUAAAAUGGGACCUUCUAGUCCGUUCUACCAUGACACGGGCACAGGAGACAGCCACACUCAUUCAGAAACAUCUUCCCGCUGACCUGGAGGUGAUCAACUGCUCCUUGAUCGAAGAGGGUGCUCCGAUACCUCCGGAACCCCCAGUUGGCCAUUGGAGGCCUGAGCCAAAAUUCUUCCAGGACGGUGCCCGGAUAGAGGCGGGAUUCCGCCGCUACUUCCACCGCGCGCCGCCCGACCAGGUGCGGGACUCGUACACUCUCCUAGUGUGCCACGCCAACGUCAUACGAUACUUCGUGUGCAAAGCGCUCCAAUUCCCACCGGAAGCGUGGCUCCGGAUAUCUCUGAACCACGGCUCCAUCACGUGGGUCUCCAUCAUGCCCAACGGGAACGUGGUGCUGCGCUCGCUCAGCGACACGGGCUUCAUGGAGCCCAGGCAUGUCACUAGCCGAAAUUCAUUCUUGCGAGACGCGACGAAGAAUAUCUUAGAAGACUAGUUAAAAAUCAACCCAAAAUACGUCUGAACAUAGCCUCGAAUGAUGGUCUAAUGCGUUUGGGUCUUGUACGUGCAGGAACACAAAAGUUGCCUCCUCUGUUACCGAAAAUUUAGGCUCAUGGAGCCUAAUUUGUGGUUGUGACUCAUAAGUGCUUGUUGCUACUACAGCUUGGCAAAAAAGAGUAGAUAUUAAUAAGUUUUUGACAAAAAUUUCAUUUUUGGUACAAGCUUUUAUCGCUGACUGUACUUUUCUUUUCACAGGCAACUAAUGCUCAUCGAGACAAUUCUAAAAACCCCAAACACAACUAGGUUUCGUUGUUUUAUCACAGAGUUCCUAUGGCCACCUCCGGUCUCCAUCAUCAGAUCAGCUUGAUGACACCAUAAUAUUGCAUUGUCACCCGACUUACGUAUGUAUGCAAAAUUUCAGCUCAAUCAGGAUCCGGCAAGUGCAUCAAAUUUAACUUGUAAGAUUUGAUUACCGACCGACAGACAACGGUCAGGUGAAAGUAAAUAAAAGCUUGUAAAAAGUGGCAACACUGUAAUAUCGUCCCGUUUUCUUAUAUAAAUUGGUUUGAAAGGGACGUCACUACAGUGUUGCUACUUUUUAAUUUCUACUCUUUUUUCCCAAGCUGUACUUACAUGAAUUAUUUGAAUGUUAUUGUCUAAAACCGUCCCGACGUUGCUUUGGGCUUCGACAAAAUUUUUGUCGUUUUUUGACCAAAUUUUUAAACUUUGUGGGGGCAGAUAAUUUAUGAUUUUCCAUUGUUAGAAAAUGGCAUAAAAAUGGCAUCUUUAAACCUGCAUGUAAACGUUUUGAGAAAUGUACUAGAUUGUUAUGUAAAAUAUUUCACCGUCAUGUCUUUUAAAAAAAUUGUUCGCGAUCUCCUUGCUCCUAGAGAUACAAAUCAUAUCUAGUAACUAACUAACCCGUUAGUACCUAUAUACUACAUAUAAUAAGUCAUUGUAAUCGCUUUCAGUCAUUUGCGUUGAAAAGGAUCAUUGUUAUUGUGACAAAAGAGAUAUUAAAGUACAAAAUGUAAUCCAAUUAAAUUGAUUUAUUUAAAACACAACAAUGGCCCAUAAUGGUUAGUAACAAUUAAAAAUAAAAACUAAGUGUUAGUGGAACAAAAGCAGAAAGCGACAAACACAGAUAGCAGUAACAAUAAUAAUAUCUAUUAAUAUCUACCGUAAAUCGUUGGUUUUUAAGUAUACCUACCAGUUUCUUUUAUACCUACCGAUUCCGUGCUGACAUUUUCAUAUAAUAUACCUAAUAAUAUAAGGUACCUAAAGCUAACCAAGGUAUUUAAUUAUUACUUACCCAUGUUGCUGCCACUUAAGUUCAUUAAAAAUUGGUUUUAAAUUGAUUUCAGUACAAAUCUUGAACACUGCCAAUUUCACACCAGUUAUGUGUAUAGUCGAUGCUAAAGUUAUGUUUACAUUUUUCGUCUUAUAAGGGAGUAAGGUGCAAACAUGUCUUCGUCGUCGACUGUACCUAGAGUCGUAGUCAAAAGUAAAAAAUACCUAGUCAAUAAGUAAGUACGUAAAAUGUUACAUUUGUCGUUAAUAUCGAGUCGAACAAUGAAAAUGCUAACCACUAUUGUUAAUAAUGUUUUCACCACACCAGCUCGGAAAGGCUUACUUUGCACUUCAAAAACUGAUAGCAAAGUUGCAUCUUAUUCACAUGUGAGGCAAAGUAAUCAAAUGCAAAUUUUGAAUUGUUUUUCUUAUGUUUGCUGGUAGAAUUGACUUUUAUAUGAUGAUUUUGGAUGAUAAAUAUUUAAUAACAUUCAUUUGGAUUUGAUUUUGUUUGAUAUUUUUCAUUUAAUAUUUGUUUCGGGUUGGUGUGGUGAAAAAUUUUGUGUUUUACUCGGGGGCAAAUUUUGUUUAAAAACCUUUUCGUGCUUUGAAACCCUCGCCACACUCAAGAUUUCAUUUUUCAAUUUUGGAAUCUUUCGCUUGCUCGGGUAUCAAUACUAGCAUAAGCGGUUAAACAAUAACUUUGCCCCCAUGUAAAACAAAUAACUAUUAAAGUUCAUUGAAGCGCGUUGUUUUUCAUUUAAAAUGAUGAAGUAAGCUAUCCCAAGUUGUAAUUUAGCCGAAAUACCUCGAUGUAAAGUGUAGGUAGGUUAGCUGUAAGUACCUAUUGUAUGUAUGAAUCAUUGUAGUGUAAAUAUUUUGAUAAAUUAAUAAAAAACAAUGA